AUACAUCUGUAUAUGAGUUUGUGUGCAUGACAAAACAGAGAGGGGAGAGGGAGAGAGAGAGAGAGAGAGAGAGAGAGAGCAUGCUCAGCGCUGCUCCUGAACCCUUUUUCGCUGAGCCGUAAUUCACAGCAGAUGACCUCUCGGGGGGAUGGACUCUCUGCCUCGGACUCUGGGAGGUGGAACUCCUCACGCACCACCAGAUCGCAGCAUUAAUCUGCAUUGUUUCUAGUGUGCACGAGGCUCCUCAGUGAUGGAGCCCCGGGUCUGCGCGCCCCACUUUUGCAGCACAGCUUGUGGAUUAUGAUCUACAGGAGCAGCGUCAGAGGUGAGAGGGGCGACAGCACCUGAACGCCACACGGUUUCGGCUGUGGGGAUGGAUGCCAACAGUUUGCUGACAGUUUGCUUCCCCCUGCUCCUCUUGCUCACCGGCUGGGCUUCUACUACAACAAGUGCUGCUGCAGUUGCAGCUGCAGUUGCUGCAGCUGCAGCGGCUCCGGGCUUUUGUCCUGAGCGCUGUGACUGUCAGCAGCCGCACCACCUCCUGUGCACCAACCGCGGGCUGCGCGCUGUGCCCAAAGCUUCCGUCAGCGUGCCUGAAGAGGUGCUGAUCUUCAACCUCGGGGGGAACUUCAUCAACAACAUCUCUGCAUUCGACUUCACACGGUACAGCGACCUCGUCAGGUUAAAUUUACAGUUCAAUCAAAUACAGAACGUUCACCCAAAGGCUUUUGAGAAGCUGACCAAGUUGGAGGAGUUGUACCUGGGACAUAAUCUCCUGUCAGAUGUCCCUGCUGGAACUUUACAAACCCUGAGGAAGUUGACUAUUCUGUAUGGAAAUAAUAAUGACAUUAAGAAAGUCACUCCAGAGCUGUUCACCAACCUGGAUAAUCUGGUCAAAUUGCGCCUAGAUGGCAACUCGAUAGAGGUUCUGCAGGACUCUGUUUUUAAAAGUCUGAGCAGUCUGCAUUAUCUCCAUCUAGAAUUUAACAAAUUGCUUCACAUACACAGAAACGCUUUCUCCAAACUCGCCAACCUGCGCUUUCUGAACCUGGCCCACAACAAGCAGUCAGCCCUGCGCAGCCUCCUCACUUUUUCUCAACUCAAAGCACUGACGACAUUGCUGCUGUCUGAAAAUGAAAUCCAAUCCAUCGGAAACAACGUCUUCCAAAGCCUGAAGAAGUUGUCCAAGCUGUCCCUGAGCAACAACAGGAUCUCUCAUCUGGAGAGCGGAGCUCUGACGGGGCUUUCCAGCCUCCGAGAACUCCUGAUUGAUGGCAACGCACUGGAGGAAAUCCCCGCUGGUCUCCUGGACCCUCUGGAGCGCAUAGAGGAGCUCGACUUCAGUCGCAACCAGAUCGCUAAUGUGCACUCUGCAGCGUUUUCUAAGCUGAAACAUCUGAAGGUGCUGAAGCUGAAGAACAACUUCCUGACCAGUCUGUCAGGCGACAUCUUCGCCCUGAACAGUGUGCUGUACGACCUGGAUCUUAAUGGAAACAACUGGACGUGCGACUGUCGCCUAGAGGAGCUGAAGAAGUGGAUGACUGCAGCACAUUCUCGGGGCAAAUUGUUGACUGUUUUCGUGCAAUGCCACCACCCUGCAACUCUGAGGGGCAAAUACCUGGACUACGUGAACAGCUCCCAGCUGCAGCCGCACUCCAACUGGACUCAUCUGUGCAGAAGCCAAGCUCAGCCAGAGGAGAGCUGGGGAGGAGAGGUCCUGAUGAAGGUGAGAGGAAAAGAGAUGAUAGAUGCGGUAAAGCCGGAGGGAAAGGGAGGAGAAGAUCAGGAGGAGCAGGCAGGAGGUGCUGACAGAGGAGUGAAAAAAGAAGCAGAAAAAUGGAACAAAGAGGUUCAGAAAGAGUUGGGAGUCCAGGGAGAUCAGGGGGGAGAAGAAGUGACAGAACCCUCUUCCUCACCGGAGAGAAAAAAAACAAAGAUGUCACUCAGUCCAAGGUCACGACCUGGGGCGGAGGCAGCUGGGAAACGGGUUAAAGGACGACAAAGAUGGAAUGUCGUUUUCAGAACGGAUGCACCUGCCAUUUCCACACCAGGUAUGGGAAACACCACUGAUGUUAACUCAGAGGUCACCACAGCUCCUCCGGAGUCGGACCAAAGGUUUGAUCUCCUGAUAUCAGAUCAGAAGCUGGGUCUGCCCGUGAUCACAGAUCCUUGUGUCUUCAACCGCCAUUUCAUCACUAACGUCUCAGUGGACCACGUGACGUCCAGCACUGUCACUGUCUACUGGACCGUGAGGGAUCAUCACCCCUUCGCUCCAGGAUCUGGGCCAGGCCUUGACGAAAUCCACUAUCGGAUCCUCUUUGACCGGUUUGGCGCCGCGGAUCGUUUCCCUCGUUACGUUUACGCCCACGGUGCAGCUCGCUCCGUGACGCUGCGGGAACUCAGCUCAGAUCUGACCUACAUCGUCUGCAUCGAAGGAGUCGUCGGAGGGUCCGUGUGCCAGGUGGCUCCACGUGACCACUGCGCGGGCCUGGUCACUCUACCUGAGGUGCUCACCCGUGGAAGCACCCUGACUUCUGACCUUCAGCUUGUUACCGUGGCGACCCUGGCUGGAAACGCAGUGCUGCUGCUGGUGAUCGGUGGGGUCUGGUUGGGGCGAUUCGUCAGGAAGCGGUUGCAGAGGAGGAAGUCGGCCGUGCACGUGCGCCACAUGUACUCCACCAGGCGGCCAUUCCGCCCCACCAUGGCCACUACUGCCUCUGUGGCCACCGACUUCACCAGCUACCAGAGCAGCCGUCCGGCACGGAUAGCACCCCUGGAGGAAGGGGAUCUGAUUGAGUUCCCGUGCGACCGCUUCCUGGACAGCAGCAGUGUCCGCAGGGACGGUGAAAUGCAGAGAUUUUCUGACUAGAUAAAAUAAAACAUUUGAAAGCGUUGACACUGUACAACAGAAUGUGACUUGGCUUUGUGCUGCAAUUUUUAAUCUCUCCUCUGUGCAGUUCCACACUUUUAACAUUUAUAUCUCUGCGGUCUGAACAAAGCAGUUGAAUAGUCCCAUCACACAGAGGUUGGAUUUUCAUCCAACCCACAGAGCAACAGUUUUAGUGACCACAGAACAGCUGAGCUCAUCACGGCCGCUUCAGACACCAGAGGAAGUCUAAGCCCCUGGACUUCCUCCUCCUGCUUUGCGCCUCUGCUUCUUUCACUUCCUUGCACCUGUGGCUGUGUGUGAAUGUGUUGAUUUGUUGUGAGAGUGCCUGUGUGUCUGAGUCAUGGACCACUGAUUUCAACUAUGGUGCUAGUGUCGACUUCAGAGACGUCAUACUGUCUCACAGUGUACAGUUUUGUAACGAUGGCUGCUGGUUGGCAGAUACUUGUUUGUAUGAUAUGUAUCGUGUUUUUAUACCUGAAUGAAACUAUGUAUUAUUUUCUAUUACAUGAAAAAGUAAACUCCCCAACAAUGUGACAGAUGUCAUU